AUGGAAGUCUAUGGGAUGAAACCACAAGGGUAUGGAAGUGAGUUUGAUGGGGAUGAGUCAGACAUCAGUGAGGAAGAUACAGGGGAGGGUAUGGAUGAUGAGGAGUUCUGCAGGAGAUUGGCUGAGAUGGCUGAGAUGGCUGAGCAGGACAACAAGGACUCACCAGCAGCAUGGCUGAACAAAUAUAAGAAAGGCCCAGACGAAGCAAUACAAGAAACAGUGGAGGAGCCAGACUUGCCUGGAUCAUUUGGCUUUGCUAAUGACAUGAUUCUGGUUUCUGCAAUGAAAGCCAAAAGUGAAUCCACAUGUGUGACAGGGGAGGUACAGCCACAGUCACCAGUGAGGGUUACCAUCCCAAGAGUGUGCAGUGCUUCAAUUCUUUCUGCAGGGUCAAGUUCUUGGAGCACAGAUCAUGAGGACUAUGCCUGUGUGGACAUGGCACCUGUUGCUGCUGAGCCAGAAGGAGUAGUUGAACAUGAGUUUGAAUGCUUAUCAGAUGUGGAGGCCUGGGAGGAAGAACUUAAGAUGACAACAAAUGGUGGCAGUGAUGGGAUAAGGGACUGGGUGGAUCUGCAUAACCUGAUCUGA